UAACUAACCAAAUACAUAUUUUGCUUGAUGAGAAUGUAUAAAAUUUGUUAAAUAUUUGGCAGCAGACACUCACUAAAUUAUAAUAGAUGCAGGUUUAAUCAAAUGGAGGAUUUACGCUAUAUAACAAAUUAAAUCAAAAUUCAUCAAAUUAAGAAAAGGUAUAGGAAAAAGAGAGAGAAAAAUUAGUUUGUAUUUACUGCUAUUUACAAAUAAUAAAUUUAACUCUCGUAAUGCGAGUUUACAGUAGUACAAUCAAUCUUAAAUACUAAUGAACUAAUUAAUAUUGCGAAUUGA